AGUGACGAGUGUUUUGAUUCGGAGAAUGAGCCUCUGCGCUUUGCAGCACAUAAAUUAAAAAAUGCUUGCUCAUAACAUCAAAGCUGCUGAGAAUUGCGAAAGCGAUCCGACCACCGACUCUGCAUAACAUGUCGCUAUCACAUCCGUUGUAGCCUUUAUCUUUGAACUUCGAUCGCGCUGUGAAUUUUACAACCAAGAUUGUCAAUCAACAUUGAUUCCUAAUUGUGAUAGCUGAUUUUUAAUUAACGUGUGACCGCAGAAGGUACGAAGAAAGGUGCAAUCAUGUUUGGUCGAUUGGCUGGCAAACAAGUGCCCAACAAAGAGUACGUUGUCGUUCCAGGAAAGGUCAACCCCGACCUGCAAAAGGAGCGAGAAAAAUGCAAUUUCAACAAUUUGGAGCUCACAUACUUUUUGGAUGGAGGGAUCGAAAAGUACAAGGACAGGAAAGAAAGAGAAAACUUCUUCCUGAGCGAUCCUGAACUUUUGGACGACAUUCCUCCUGAGCUCAUGAGCCAUGAAGAUCAGUACAGAAACGGACUGAAGAAAGCAUGUUACCUCUUCAAGAAAUUAAAGGAAUUGAGAGAGAAGGGUGGAACCAUCGACAAUUAUCGUCAAUUACUCGGAGGCUCGUUGGGCUCAGCCAUCCUGAAGGAUGGAAACCCUCUUGCACUGCAUUAUGUGAUGUUCAUUCCUACUCUGAUGGGUCAGGGUACACCAGAGCAAUGUGCCUACUGGAUUGAAAAAGCUUGGGACUGUAGAGUGAUCGGAACAUAUGCACAAACCGAGCUUGGCCAUGGAACUUUUAUUAGAGGCCUUGAGACUACAGCUACGUACAAUCCAAAGACUCAGCAGUUCUUCCUCAACAGUCCAACUUUAACUUCGUACAAAUGGUGGCCUGGUGGACUUGGCCAAACCGCAAAUUAUGCAGUUGUGGUAGCUCAACUUUACACCAAGGGUGAAUGCCACGGCAUUCAUCCGUUUAUCGUUCAGCUCAGAGAUGAAAAGACUCAUCGACCCAUGCCAGGCGUCACAAUUGGAGAAAUCGGGCCCAAACUUGGCAUGAAUGCAACCAACAACGGCUUCCUUGCCUUCAAGCAAACGCCCAUUCCGAGAAACCAAAUGCUGAUGAAAAACGCCCAAGUGCUUCCGGAUGGAACUUACGUGAAAUCCCCCAGUAACAAGCUGACCUAUGGCACAAUGAUGUUUGUUCGAGUAGUGAUUGUGCAGGACAUGGCAUCCUAUCUGUCCAAGGCAGUGACAAUUGCAGUCAGAUACAGUGCCGUUAGAAGACAAUCUGAGAUGAUUGCUGGGCAGCAGGAGCCUCAGAUCAUGGACUACUUGACUCAAAUGUAUAAAUUGUUCCCAUUCCUUGCUACCGUCUACGCACUCAAAUUUUCCUCCAAAUGGCUCUGGGAAAUGUACAAUGAUGUGACUGCCAAAAUUGACGCUGGCGACCUGGAGCUCCUGCCAGAGCUGCACUCGAUUGCAUGUUGCCUUAAAGCGGUGAGCACAGCAGAUACUGCAACAGCAAUCGAAACUCUCCGACUUUCCUGUGGUGGCCACGGCUACAUGGCCUGCAGUAAUUUCCCAACCACCUACGGCAACGUUACAGCUGCUAGUACUUACGAAGGUGAAAACACUGUGAUGCUCUUGCAAACAGCCAGGGCCCUUAUGAAGGCAUAUACCAAAGCCAAAGCAGGAGAGGAACUUUCCCCCACAGUGGAGUAUCUGAGGCCUAACAGACAAUUCAGAGCCUGGGACAAUACAACAGAUAGUAUUGUUGAGGGAUUCAAGAAAAUCGCUGCUGGAAAGGUGGCAGCUUGUGCCAGGAGUUUGCAGAAGGGCAGAGACUCUGGUCUGGCACCAGAGGAUGCCUGGAACAAAACUUCUGUCCAGUUGACGGAUGCUGCCGAAGCUCAUUGCCGAGCAUUUAUAACUGACCGCUUUUUAGAUACCGUGCGCUUUGGUGUCAACGAGCUGAGUGACCCUAUCAAAGAGGUCUUGGUGCAACUUUGCGACCUUUACUGCGUAUACUGGGCCCUGAAAAAAUCAGGAGAUUUCCUCCAGUUCUGUGGUCUGCGAAGCGAUGACAUCCAAAAUUUGCAAGACUGGCAAAAUGAGUUACUUUUGAAGAUUCGUCCAAAUGCUGUGGGGCUGGUCGACAGUUUUGACUUGCGAGAUGAGAUUGUUGGGUCUGCUCUUGGAAGCUAUGAUGGCCAAGUGUAUGAGAGACUUUUGGCAUCAGCUAUGUUGAGCCCCCUCAACUCUAAACCUGUUCAUGAUUCUUACAACAACAGUCUUUCUCACUUACUGAGAGCCAAGUAUUGAGCUGUCUUUGCCAACUUUAAGCAACAAACAAAUGCGUGAUAAAUCCGAGCUGUUUUAAUCUGGAUUAAGGGAUUCUUCUUAUUUUUUCUUUGUUAAAUGUUUAUUGACACUUUUAUAUUUUAUGCAUAUUCUUGUUUACCUUGCAUAGACUUACUCCAGUGAGCAAUUUGUUACGGAACUAUAUUUUGUUAUGUUAACCUGUUUUGUACGUAUAUUAUAGUUUUAUGUUAUAAUCUUGCCGGUUCAUUCAUAUAUUUGUAUUGAUUUAAAUAAAUUUUUACACAUCUAUUUAAAAAAUUUUAAC